CCAGCCCAGGGCUCUGGUCCAGGCCAACAGCCUGUCGCAAUUGUCUGUGUGGGCAUGGCAGGCUCUGGCAAGACGACCUUCAUGCAGCGUAUCAACGCCCACCUGCACGCGAAGAAAGAUCCUCCCUACGUGAUCAACCUCGACCCAGCGGUUCUGAAUGUGCCCUUCGACAGCAACAUCGACAUCCGCGACUCUGUCAACUACAAGGAGGUCAUGAAACAGUACAACCUCGGACCGAACGGCGGCAUCCUGACCUCGCUCAACCUCUUCGCGACCAAGGUUGACCAGAUUUUGGGCCUGCUGGAGAAGCGCACCCAGCCCGCCGCCGACGAUGAGAGUCAGGCGCGUAAGCCUAUUAACAACAUCCUGGUCGACACGCCGGGCCAGAUCGAGGUCUUUGUGUGGUCCGCCUCGGGCACCAUCCUUCUCGAGUCCCUCGCCUCCUCAUUCCCCACCGUCAUCGCCUACAUCAUCGAUACACCGCGCACAAGCUCGACGUCCACGUUCAUGAGCAACAUGCUGUACGCGUGCAGUAUCCUGUACAAGACGAAGCUGCCCAUGAUCUUGGUGUUCAACAAGACGGACGUCAAGGAUGCCAGCUUUGCCAAGGAGUGGAUGACGGACUUCGAAGCGUUCCAGGCCGCGCUGCAGGAGGACGAGAACCGGAACGCAUUUGGCGGUGUCGAGGGCGAGGGCAGCGGGAGCGGAUACAUGGGCAGCUUGCUAAACAGCAUGAGCCUGAUGCUAGAGGAAUUCUAUGCGCACCUGAGUGUCGUGGGCGUGAGCAGCAUGACGGGCCAGGGCGUAAAUGAAUUCUUCGAGGCGGUGGCAGAGAAGGCUGAAGAAUUCAAAAGGGACUACCAGCCGGAGCUGGACAGAAAGCGCAAGGAGAGGGAUGAUGCCAAGAGGGCUGCCCGGGAAAAGGAACUGGACAAGAUGAUGAAGGGGAUGUCUGUAAGCGGGCUUGCCCAAGGCCAGCCAUCAGGACUCCGCAAGGACGCAGAUGGCGAUGUCGACGUUAUCAGUGACCAGGACUCGGAUGAGUUCGAUGAUGAUGAGAUGGACCGUGAGGGUCUCCAGGCACGAUACGAGGCGGCGAUGCAAGAUGGCGAGGGCACCCUCCCAGAGGAGGCCAGCUUUGCGAAGUACCUUCACACACAG